UGGGGGUAGGACUUGGUGCCAUCUUGGUUUUCUCACUGUCCUUGUUCCGUCCGCCUGCCAUGAUCCCGAGCUCCGCCACGGCGACCGACUCUCUCGCAUGGCAGCCGCCAUCUUGGAAAGAUAGAGCGACCGCCGCGGGUUCCCCAGCCACGGGACGAGGUGCAGAGGCUGAUGACCAGGGAGCAGAGGCCACAGACACCGGGAUCGCUACUGACUGACUCCGCUGAACAGAUAGUCACAUGGCUAAAGAAUAUAUUUGGUGAUAAACCAAUUCCACAAUAUGAGGUGAACAACAGAACAAUUGAAAUCUUACACCAGUUAGCAGAAUGGAAUGAAGCUCGUGACAAAGAUAUAGCUCUGGUUACAGAUGACCUGAAGCAAAAGUCCGCAGAAGUGAAAGCCGAAGCUAAAUACCUUCAGGAACUUCUAGCCGAUAGCUUGGGUCCAUCAUACUCAAAUUUAUCCCGAAUGAGCAAUAACUAUUUGAACCAACUAAUUGAUAGUUGUGUUGCACUAGAAUUAAAGGAUUCUUCAUUGUCAAGUUACAUUCCUGCUGUCAAUGAGCUGAGUUCUGACCUAUUGGCAAUAGAGGCUAACAAUCAAGAAAUGGAACUUGAACUGACAAACCUGAGAAAAAAACUAACUGAGGCUUUAGUGUUGGAAAAGUCUCUAGAACAGGAUCUUAAGAAAGCAGAGGAAGAAUGUUUGUUUGAGAAAAACAAAGUUGAAGUUCGACUACAAAACAUGAAAAUACUGAAAGGCAAAUCAGAGGACUAUAAAUACAGCAUCCGAACUGCUCAGGAUCAGCUCUCAGCUUCAGGGAUAGAUGAUUCUUUAACACAUCGUUCUCUUGUCUCUCAUUCCGAGAUGCUUGCUGAACUAAAAGCAGAAUCUAUACUUUUGAAGGAGAAACUGAAGUCUUAUCAGGAUUUAGCACCUAACCCAUCUCUUGUUAAAGUGAAGAUCGAAGAAGCAAAGCGAGAACUUAAAGCCACGGAGGCUGAACUUACAAUGAAAGUGAAUAUGAUGGAAUUUAUGCCUCCAGAACCAGCAAGGAGAAGAUUAUAACCAAAUCUUGUGUUUUUCUGGUGCUGAAUGUAAAAAUAUUCCCUAUAUAUUGUUGAUUCAUAACCCAGAGACCAUAGAGCACUUGCUCUGCCCUAAAGAGAGAGGUUUAGUUAUCACUAUCCAUUAAACAAGAUUAGAAUUGAAGAUGUUGGAAAGUGUCCUCAGGAUAGCUCAAGAUGACAGCCACAGAUGGUUCCUAUUUGUAUAUAGACCAAUGCAGAAAAUCUCACUGAUAUAAUGCAACAAUACUCUUGUGGUAGAGCAAUUAGAUGAUUCGUUUGCCAUUUCACCUUGUUCAUGAUGGCUGUAACCUGUGCGUUUAUAUUUUAUUAUUGCUGAUUAUGUUGUUCUAAAUAAAAUUUUAGAUUCCAACUCCCAAAAACUUUUUUCAACAUUAAAAAAACAAACAACCUCAUAUGUAUAUUUAUAAAUAUUUCUGUUUCAUUUAUUUUUUUUGAACUGUUGUAAUUUUGUCUGUGUUCCUCAAAAGAAAUUCAUAAACUUUUGUAACUAAAUCAGCUGUUGACACAUUAUGUAAUAGUUAACAUAUGACGUCAAUUGAUUGCUAUAUGAUUCUAAACUAAAUAUUUAAAUAGACUUAAUAUGCCAACUUUUUUAUGUUAUUCCAAAACAUUAUCUGCCAUGUUAGAACUUACAAAAUCGCAUACUGAAAAUAAAGAUUCCUAUUAUGUAAAAAAAAA